GACCGCCGCUCCUGCCGCCGCCGGGCGCCCCCGCGGCCGCCGCUGCCGCCCCGCUGCCCCUGGCCCGCGACAUGGAGGCGCUGAACGGCCCCGGCCCGGGGCCCGGCGACGCGUUGCGGCCGCCGCCGUCUUCGCCCGGCCACCACCACCCGCACGCCGAGAAGAAGAGGCUGCACCGCGCCCCGUCGCCCGCCAGACCCUUCCUCAAGGAUCUCCACGCCCGCGCCGCCGCUGCCGCCAAGCCACCGCCCGCCCCUCCCAAGUCCCCCGGCCUCCCCGGCCGGGCACCCCCAUCGCCGCACCCGGGCGCCCACCAGCCGGCCGCAGGGCUGCUGGCGGCGCCGGGCCGCCUCUCCCGCCGCCCUGCCGCCCCGGGGUGCAAGGCCGCCGCUGCUGCCGUCCCCGCCGCGGGCAGGGCGGGUGCCAAAGCCGCCCCUUGCGCCAAGCGGGCUGCCCGCGGGCCGGAGCCGGGCCCCGGCGGUCGGGGCGGGGGGCGGCAGCCCGGUGGCGAAGCGGCCCCGCCGCCUGGCAAGGGCAGGAAGGGGAAGCGGGGCGCCGCGGCGGGCAGCGGCCAUGCGGCAGCGGCGCUGGCCCGGGUGGGCCACACGGACAGCAGCUCCGACCUGUCCGACUGCCCCUCCGAGCCGCUCUCCGAUGAGCAGCGCCUGGCUCCGGCCGCCAGCAGCGACGCCGAGUCCGGCACCGGCUCCAGCGACCGUGAGCCUCCCGCCGCUCAGCCCGCCGCCGACCCGACCCGCACCGGCGCCAGCCGCGGAGCCCCGCCGACCUCCGGACCCCGCGGGGAUCCGCUGCCCGCGCCCCCGGGCGGAGGGCGAGUCCCGAGCCGCGGGGAGCCGCCGCCGGCCGCCCCGGAGGAGCUGCAGCGGGAGGUGGAGGAGCUGCGCUCGGAGAACGAGUACCUCAAGGAUGAGCUGGAUGAACUUCGGGCUGAAAUGGAAGAAAUGCGUGACAGCUAUUUAGAGGAAGAUGUUUACCAGCUGCAGGAGCUCCGGCGAGAGCUGGACCGGGCAAACAAGAAUUGCCGCAUUCUGCAAUAUCGUCUCAGGAAAGCAGAACAGAAAAGCUUGAAAGUUGCACAAACAGGCCAUGUGGAUGGAGAGCUCAUUAGGAGCCUGGAACAAGAUUUAAAGGUAGCCAAAGAUGUUUCUGUCAGACUGCACCAUGAGCUGGAGAGUGUGGAGGAGAAACGUGUUAAAGCAGAAGAUGAAAAUGAAAUCCUUCGGCAGCAAAUCAUUGAGGUGGAAGUAUCCAAGCAGACACUGCAAAAUGAGUUGGACAAGUUAAAAGAGAGCCUUCUUCAGAGCUCAUGUCAGGGCUCCCGGGAACCUGGCAAGGCAAGGCAGCGAGAAAAGGAAAAGCAAGGAAAAGGCUGGAAGUGA